AUGGGGACACCGGAGUUCCCAAAUCUCGGCAGGCACUGCAGCGUGGCCGAUUGCAGGCAGAUCGAUUUCUUACCUUUCACCUGCGACCGGUGCAAUCAGGUUGGCUCGUGGCUCCCUGUUUUUUGAUCUAUCAUGCGGUUCUGUGAUCCCUGUCAUCGUCGAUUGCGGUUCUUUCUAUCGUCAAUUCACAGAUUUGGUGAAAGAUUUAGCCAUGUCGACAUGUGUUUCAUUGGGAACCUACCCUUUUCCCAUCGAAUCAUUUUCUACAUCUCUUUCUUUUCAUUCUCCGUUGAUUUUGUCAGUAUUUCUUUGGCCCUCUCGUCAGGAAUGAUUACGCGUAGAGCGAGCCCUUUAAAGUGCCCAACAGAACGUUUUACCUGGUUAAUGAAGUAUCAAAGUGAGCAAAUUCAUCUAAUUGCUCUAAAACCAAUGUACUUCAUUGAAAAGUUCUUUGUGCUUUUUUCCUUCUGCUUACGGAUUUUGACAUUUUGUUCUGAUGCUCAUAGUCGCAAUGUAAGAGCGUUCAAAAUCAAUGUAAGGGUGACACAUGCUUAUCCCUUUGAAGAAAUCAAAUAUUGUUUCAAAUAAGCAUUGUUUAGUAGUAUCUAAAAUAGACGGAUAAAUUGAAAACGUUUCUACAAUACUACCUCAAAUGAAGGCCACUGAAUAAGUCGUUGCCUAUGUGAUAGUUUAUUUUCAAAUGAAAACUUGACAUCGGUGUUCAGAACAUCACACAAUUCAUUUAGUUUAUUUAAGAAGUACCAGUGAGAGCUACAUGUUAAGUGCUGGUUUCUGCUGCUUCUUUUUUGAUAAAUAACAUCACUGGUGUCAAUUGAUCAGAAGCUAAUUUUUCUCUGUUGUUGUCAGCUUGACCACAUACCAUAUAUCCUUUUCAUCAUCAUCAUUAAUUAGAUCACUGGUAUCUUGAAGGUCCUUGUCAACUGUACGUAGAAAAGCACAUCACUAGAUGACAUUUUUUUACAAACAUUAUAACAAUGACUGAAAUGCACAGUUAUUAUCGUUAUACUUGCAUUCACGUACGCAGUAAAAAUGACUGCGAAUGGUACUUCUAUGAUUCCAUCUACUUCACUGGAUAUUGGUAUCUUUCUAGUGACAUUUCUUACAUUUUAUGGAAACAUGAAGCUGUACUCCUUAUGAUAUAACCAAUCCGUAAAAGUUUUCAUUGGUUACCAAAGAGACUAUGCAGUGUAGUAGAUUGUAUUUACAGCACUGGUAAACGUGUUGCUUCAUAAAGUUGAUCCACAAGAGUUUCGAUAAACCCAAUAUAUAAACCGUUCUCUAAGAAUAGUCCGAGACAAGGCAUAUGAUUAUUAUUAAUGAAGAAAUUCUACAUGGUCACUACUGUCUAAUCGUUUAGAAGUUUUAAUCCAGUUCUUCUGACUUGCAUGAUAUGCAUUUGAAGUCAUAAUUGCUGAUUCGUCUCCAUUGUAUCAGGUUAUCUCAUGUUGCCUGAUCAGUAACCUAGAAUAUGUGACUUCCCAAUCCACAUUGAUUCAUCCACGUGAUACCUUCUUGAUACAUAGGAUUCUGACCAUUUCCUGUUAUUACUGGCAUUGCAAUAGCAACAGACAACGAUCAUCUCUGCACCAGUGUGAAAGUGUACAGCACAUAUCCGUGGAAAUCGUUACUCCUGUAUAGAUACUAAAGAUUAUCUGGUGUUCAUCUAUUGGUAUAAGCAUGAUUUCAAAUAUCUUACACUUGAAAAAUCAUAAAUAUUAUGUAGUGACCUGGAUGGUUUAUUGCUAGAAGUACAAACACACGGAUGCCUUAAAUGGCAGUCCCUUCUAGGUGUCGACAUUUGAAAAAACACUUGGGAUGACAAUUUUACGAUGCUCUAGUAUGCCCUCACAAUCUAUUCCCGAGCAACACCACCUGUAUCACGCAAUGUGCAUGCUCUUAAUAACGUCCUUUGUUCAAUAUUACCUCUAUAGAGUAAUAUUAUCCCACCUUCCGUUUUUCACCAGCUCUUGCCACAUCAUUUAGCAUUUUUUUCCUUAAAAGGAACUUGUACAGCUGGCACCAAGCUGUAUGCUGCGACUGUUCUGGUGCACUUUGUUUUGCGUACGGUUGAGUGUAGUAUGGUUGUGUUUAUAGUGUCCUUUAUAGCUUGAGAUCCACAACCAAUAUGAAUCUAGCCCCCCUAUGAUCCGCUACAUCUCUUUAUGAGCACUUAGCUCACCGACCCAUGCUGACUCUGCGUGAGAAGAAUAAUUUCCACAACCUGUCUGCAAGAUAUAGGCAAACAUUAAUAUUGAAAGGCGCAUUUUUUUAUUUAAAUUUUCCUUCUACGUGUAUCAUCAUGGGUACCUGAAAUAUGCUCCUUUUAUGUACGUCAUCAUCUCUUCUGUCGAUCAUUGAGCUAUGAACAGAUUUUCAUGGUACUGUGGAAACAUUUGGCAGGUUCUAUGCCUGGAUCAUAGAAGUUAUGCUCGGCAUUCAUGUCCAAAGGCUAACCAAGAGGAUGUGACCGUCCUCGUCUGCCCCCUCUGUGCGGCAUCAGUCCGCUUGGUUCCCAGUGAGGAUCCAAAUAUUACCUGGGAAGCUCAUGUCAACACCAGCUGUGAUCCUUCCAACUACCAGAAAGCAACGAAGAAAAAGAGGUGCCCUGUUCCUCACUGCAAGGAAGCCUUGGUCUUCUCUAACACAAUCAAAUGCAGAGACUGUGGUAGAGAGCAUUGUUUGAAGCACCGGUUUGGGGCCGACCACAAAUGCCCGGGGCCGAAGAAACCCGAGGCAGGAUUCCCAUUCAUGAAUAUGAUGAGAGGGAGCAAGAAGGGCCCAGCCGCCGCACCCCGCAGUUCCACCACUGGGUCUUCAUGGUGGGGGUCCGGUCUCCUCAGUGCAGCCUCAAGCAUUCGGGCUUCUGCCGAAACCAGCCUGGCGCGGCUGAGCAACGCGACUUCCCCGACUCCUCAGAAGUCAAAGAACGCGGCACCUCAGAGCAGUUCCGGCGGCGGGUUGGUGGAGCACUGUGUUCAGUGUUCAGCAAGAUUCUCCUCAGUCAAAUCUCUGAUAGAACACGUGGAGAGGGUUCAUGAAUCUGGAUCUCGGGCUGCUGCUCGGCCAAAUACGGCGAUCGAUGUCUGUCCCAAAUGCAGCAAGGCGUUCAGUGACCCCGUCUCUCUGGUCAUGCAUGUGGAGAGGGACCACGGUGGGACUUCAAGGGCGUGA